AUGAGAGCGAAGCAGCUGAAGGAGGAGGCUCGUGGUAGACGCAAUCGGAUCAAUCAAUCCGCACCCCCGACAAAGGUUCAAAGCAAGCGCAAGGUUAAAGAGGAGGCAUUGAUGAGCCCUGCCAUCAAGCUUGAAGGAGACGAACUAAUGGACGAUUUCCCACUCUUCCCGGGAUUUUUUGACGCCGAAAAGGAGAACGAUUUACAAGAAGAGUUUGUUCUUGACACAGAUUCAUUGGCUUUGAAGGGUCAAGUGUGGCCUGGAAUGGGAAAGAUGGAUCUUGCCGAUGAAGCUAUGAGACGAAAUCGAAACCAAAAGAAGCCCAAGUGCGUAAUUGAUAGAAUGAAGAGGGCAUCUGAACGAAUUGAGCCUACUCAAGUCAUCAUGUCAUCCGAGUUAGAGGUUAAGAGGACAAAGGAUGUCUAUGAUGAUGCCUCGUCCCCCGUCCCUGGCCAGGAGGAUUCGACACCACCACGAAAGGCUCCAAAGACCAAGCGCAAGAAGCCCACUCCUCUUGCAGAGGUGUCUGGAAACGUCCCCAGGCGGCGAGUCACUACCCGUGGUUCGAAACCGGCCACAGGAAAGAAGGCCAGCACCAAAAAGCAACAGAGCCACCAGGAGGAACCUGAAACUUGGCCUUCGCCAGACCAACAGAAACAAACACAAGAUGUUUUUCGCGAUGAUAUCAACAGGCUAGCUUCGAUUAGCGAACCUCCGCAUCCUCCCACCCGCAGUGAUCGCAGAUUCGACCUUCGCAAUAGAUAUGGUGCAAGGAAUCUCGAAUUCCUUCAUUCGAACCUCGUUUCUCCUACGCCACAAUCGAGAGAUCUGGCAUCUCAGCACCUUCCAGCAAGGGAAGGCACCAGCUCACUCCGACCGGAAUCAUUCCCACCAGGUUCCUUCGGCCAUGUUGAGACUUCGUAUGCAAUGAAAGACGCGACGAUCUACAAUGCUUCGUCCAGGCUUCCAUUCGUUCCAGAAAACUACAAUCAAUUCCGAGGGCUGGCUCCAGAGCAUAUCCGACUGGCAGCAGACUAUGGAUUCCAGUUGAGACAAGGAGACUAUCCGGGAUCAAUCACUGGAGGCUCGACUCAAGGAGCCAAUAACAGCCCUUUCAUUGGGAUGCCCGGAGCCAAUCCUUUGUUUUCUCAAGACCGGUCGUUUCUGAACCCGUAUGACCAAGGAACGCCGAACACAACAUUCUCACCGUUGUCAUUCUCACCCAUCAAUCAGCAGCAAGAACUCUCACAUAACAACCAUGAUGUCAAAUCGGAAAGCCAAAUGUGUGAGGGAAUUGAGAACAAUGGCCUUGACGAACAUGAGCUGGGCCUCGACGGAUCUUGGAGUCUGCACGCCACGAAUAACGACUUAGAAUUUCCCCACGGACUACCAAUGGAAGAAUCACAGAUCUAG